AUGGGUUAUGAAGAUAAACUUGUCCCCCACGCUUUAAAAUUUAGAAGGUUCUUAGAUAAGUUCCCUAAAUUCCACAACAUCUAUGUCAUUGCAUGUAUUUCAUGUGUGUCAGCUUUGUUGUUUGGUUUCGAUAUUUCGUCCAUGUCCGCCUUCAUUGGUACCGAACAGUACACCAGCAUGUUUGACUUAUCAUCUGAUGUGCAAGGUUUUGUUACUGCUGCCAUGUCAUUAGGUUCGUUUUUCGGUUCUUUGGCUUCUGCCUUUAUUUCUGAACCUUUCGGAAGAAGAUCCUCCAUCUUAUUAUGUUCCAUCUUGUGGAUGGCUGGUGCUGCUAUUCAAUGUUCUUGUAGAAACCUUGGUCAGUUGAUCGCCGGAAGAAUCAUUUCUGGUCUUGGUGUUGGUUUCGGUACUGCUGUCGCUCCUGUGUAUGGUUCCGAAUUGGCUCCAAGAAAGAUCAGAGGUUUGAUUGGUGGUUUGUACCAAUUGUUUGUGACCUUGGGAAUCUUGAUCAUGUUCUACAUUUCAUACGGUUGUUCUAAGAUUGAUGGUAGAUCUUCUUUCAGAACUGCCUGGGGUAUUCAAAUGAUUCCAGGGUUCGUUUUGUUUGUUGGUAUGUUCUUCCUUCCAGAAUCUCCAAGAUGGUUGGCCAAGCAAGGAUACUGGGAAGAUGCCGAAGAAAUCGUGGCCUUGAUCCAGGCCAACGGUAACAGAGAAGACCCCGAUGUUUUGAUUGAAAUCUCUGAAAUCAAGGAACAAAUCUUGGUUGACGAACAUGUUAGAGCUUUCACUUACGCUGACUUGUUUACCAAGAAGUAUCUCCCAAGAACUAUUGUUGGUGUUUCCGCUCAGAUUUGGCAACAAUUGACUGGUAUGAACGUUAUGAUGUACUACAUUGUCUACAUUUUCGAGAUGGCCGGUAUCCAUGGUAACGCUAACUUGGUUUCUUCUUCUAUUCAGUAUGUGUUGAACACUGUUGUCACCAUUCCAUCAUUAUACUUGUUGGAUAAGGUUGGUAGAAGACCCGUUUUGUUGGUUGGUGCUGCUUUCAUGUUUGCUUUCCAAUUUGGUGUUGCAGGUAUUUUGGCUACUUAUGCUGAAACCAUUCCAGAAGCAGAAAGAACUUCUCCUUCCGUCACCUUGAAGAUCCCAGACUCCAGAAAGAAUGCCUCCAGAGGUGUUAUUGCUUGUUGUUACUUGUUUGUGUGUUCGUUUGCUCCAUCUUGGGGUGUUACGAUUUGGUUGUACUGUUCUGAAGUGUGGGGUGACUCCGCUUGUAGACAAAGAGGUGCUGCUUUAUCCACUGCUGGUAACUGGAUCUUUAACUUUGCCAUUGCUAUGUUCACUCCUCCUUCAUUCCAGAACAUUUCAUGGAAGACCUACUGUAUCUACGCUACUUUCUGUGGAUGCAUGUUUGUUCACACCUACUUUUUCUUCCCUGAAACCAAGGGUAAGAGAUUGGAAGAAAUUGACCAGAUUUGGGCUGAUAAGAUCCCAGCUUGGAAGACUGCCAGCUGGCAACCAAUUGUUCCACUUUUAUCCGAUGCUGAUUUGGCUGCCAAGAUGAAGUACGAGCACAAGGAAAACGAAAGUGACUUGAUCAAGUCUGAUGCUGACGACAACUCUGAAAAUGAGAAGAAGGUUGAGCAGGCUUAG